AUGGAAUUUUCAUAGAAAUUUAUCACGCUCUACUUCAUACUAUUAUAUCUACCCUGUGGAAUCCUUUCGGAUACGAUACCUGAAAAAAUACUCUCUUCUUUCUUAAAUUAGGAAUUAUUUAAAGGAGAAUGGUAGUCAAAUGACCCAAGAUUAAUGUAAUUUUAUUAUUUAACACUUGAUUCUGGAAUGAUAAAAGUAAGAGUUGAAAAUGAACAUCUCUACUUUUUAGCUUUAAAUCCAAGAUACGGUGAAGAUAGAUUUGUAUCUGGUGCUAUUGCUCUUGCUAAUUAUUCUGAAACUACAUAAUCAUGGGGUGGAGAAUCUAAAAUAUAUUUAGAAGGAGGGGAAUAACAUAGUUAUCUUUGGUACGAAGGCUCUUGUAAUGGCACAUAUUAAGUCAAAUUAAAUCAGCCGAUAGAAAAUCUAGAUAUUGAUACACUAUAAAUAGAUGUUUAUUUAAGUUCAAAUACUGAAAAUGGUUAUCAUUGCUAUUCUAAUAUGAGUUUCAGUGUUAAAAGAGUAUAUAAUUACGAUUUUAUCAACUGUCUAAUAUUUUCCUUAGUUGCAACAAUAAUAUUGUUAGUCUAAUACUUAGCAGGUUCAAAGUUAUUAAGGCAAAUGAAAGAUUAAUAGAUCCAGCUUUAACAGCUGUCAAGAUUGUGCUCAUUAUUAUCUUGGAUAAACGGACUAAACACAUUUUAUUUUUUUGUUGACCUACUAUUUCAAAACUUUGAAUAUUAUUAUUUAUUUCUUUUACCUACGCUUAUCUUAUUUGUGGGACUCUUCAAGGAUUCCAACAUAUUUAACUUCCACUUUUAUAGCACCUAAUAGAAUAGAGACCGAAGGAGAAGAGCAGAAUUGGUAAGAUUUAUUGGUUUACUAAUAAUUCUAUAGUUAUUUGUGUUUGCAAAUUUUGUAAUAUUUCAACUUUUUGGCUACACCUUUUAUUUAAUGCUUUUUUAAGCAUUUAUUCUUUACCCUCAAAUCAUUCAUAAUUUAAGAUUAGGAAUUAAUCAAUUUAACAAACUUUAGAUUUUUGGAUGGUUAUCGCCUAGAUUGUUUUUUUAUGUCUACAUAAGAAGUUGUCCAUCUAAUGUAAAGGAUACUAAGCCAAAUUACCUUUUUGUUGUGGUAUUUUUUGCUGUUUAUCUAUUCUCUCUAUUGAUUCUCGUAUUGCAAACUAAAUACAACAUAAGGUGUUUUAAACCAAAAAUUGAAAAACCUAAAACUUUUAGUUAUUUGCAAAAAAUAAAAGUAAAGGAUUCGAUCGAAUGCCCAAUUUGUAUGGGCCCUCUUCAUUCUAAUCCAAACGAAAUCGAUGAACAACCCUUAGAUCAAUCAUUGCUAUGCGAAAUUAUGGUUACACCUUGUUAACAUAUGUACCAUCAACAAUGCUUACGAGAUUGGAUGGAGGUUCAAAAAAGAUGUCCAGUGUGUAGAGGUGACUUACAUUUAGAAGAGAACGUUGAACAAUGAUUCUAAUACUGUAUUCAAGUAUUUAAGUUAGAAACUAAAAUUUAA